AUGCCCAACUCCAACAAUAAAAUCAAUUGUAACCGUAGAGGUGGUCAGGAAGCCGGUAGGCGGGAGUUGGUUUCCAGGUCUUUGCAGAGUGCUCAGCAUUGCCUGGAGGACCAGGAUUUUGGAACUGCAUAUGCUCACUAUCUCCUGGUACUAAAUCUAGCUCCCGAGUUAAAAAAUAACAUCAAAGAAACGUUUCAGUUUACUCUCUUCAAAUGGGCAGAAGAGCUAGAUUCUCUGUCACGGAUUCAAGAUCUGUUUAACUGUUAUGAACAAGCACUUGAAUUGUACCCAAAUGAUGAAGUAAUAUGUAAUAGUAUGGGAGAACAUCUCUUCAGAAUGGGCUUUAGAGAUGAAGCAGCUGGAUAUUUCCAUAAAGCAGUGAAGCUUAACCCAGACUUUGCUGAUGCAAAGGAGAAUUUUUACUGCGUCGCAAACUGGCUCGUGGAACGCUGGCACUUCAUCAUGCUCAACGAUGCCAAGAGGAAUCUUACUUACCUAAAGGCAAUUGAGAACGCCGUCUGCUCAGGAUGCAAAUCUGUCCUUGAUAUUGGAACAGGAACAGGGAUCUUGAGUAUGUUUGCAAAAAAGGCAGGAGCAUCAUUUGUCUAUGCCUGUGAAUUAUCAAAAACCAUGUAUGAACUUGCCCGUGAUGUGGUGGCGGCAAAUAAUAUGGAAAGAGAGAUCAACCUUCUGCAUUUGAAGUCGCUUGAUAUAGAAAUUCCAAAGGACAUACCUGAAAGAGUUUCCUUGGUUGUCACAGAGACCGUUGAUGCUGGUUUAUUUGGAGAAGGAAUUGUGGAGAGUUUGAUACAUGCUUGGGAAUAUCUGCUUUUACAACCCAAGCCUAAAAAUCAAGUUGUCAGUACUGGAGAGUAUGGCAGAGUUAUUCCUGCAAGUGCUACAAUAUUUGGGAUGGCAGUGGAAUGCAGAGACAUACGUAGACAUCACAGAGUGGGAACACAGGAAGUUGCUGGUGUGUGCUUGUCAGAUUCAGUGCAGUUCUUUAGUCCAACGUACGCUACUGCCGGUUCAGAGGAAACUGUCGAGCCUUACACCACCGAGAAGCUCAGCCGUAUUCCUGGGGGUUACGUACCUCUGACAGAACCCUGCCAAGUAAUGACAGUAGAUUUCAAUGAUCUGCAGGUAAUGAUUUUUGUCUUUAAUCUGUUUAUGAAUAACGAGAGCUUCGUAUUUUGA